UGCCCUGGAUUGUGCCGAACACCACGAAGUACUAAAUGCGCCACAACUUUAGCUCUCGAAGCUUACAACCGCACAACCGACCUGGAAGUGCGCUCAAGGCCAUGAAGCUGGUCACCACGACAACCCAAUAACUGUGUGGACAUUUUGCUACGAUUAAUCGAAAAGACAAUGGCUCUGGUGCUUUCGCCGCCCAAGCUUGUUCUGCUCGCCGUGCACUUCGCGGUCAAGGCUGACAUCGACAGCUUGACGGCCCUCGCUGCCCGCCAUGGCACCCUCCUCCGCAAAGACCUGCUGCUGCGCAUCGCCCUCACCUAUCUCCCCGAGACCCUGCUAUCGCAAGCUUACGUCGGCUUUAUCGAGCAGCUCGAGACGGGCGCGUUUCCAGACACAAUUGCCCAAGACAUCGACUGUUCGGCUGUCGACGCUCUGACCGACCCGCAGGCCACCAAGAAGCUCCGGAAGCUUCGCCUACUCCCCUUGGCCUUCCAGGACGCCCCUGAAGAAGCUGCCGACGAUUAUACUACACUUUUUCUCCUGCGAAGGUCGUACAGGGUAGAUGAGGAGGCGGGCCUGUUGGACGAGCUCCCCACCCUGCUGAUGCCCUUCCUCGACCACUCGCCCUACAUUCGAACUUUGAUGGUGUCUAUCAUUUUGCCGUUACUGAGGCGAAAUUGCGAGUACCACCCGCAAGAUCCCAUCGCAUAUACCCUCUUAGGCUUUGAACAGCUACCGGACCGCGUUGCUGUGAAUCUCCUCCUGUCGCAAACAGGUGUCCGCGAGGCAGAUCUUGCCCUAGUGGGCCGUGAUCUAAAAGGUCUCAUUGGCCCUUGGCUUUUUAACGAAAGAAGGUGGAAAGACAGGAAAGAGAAACUGGGCGACCCCAGCGGGCCCGAGCUACUAGAGGAGGACGAGACAGACGUGGGACUCUUUCCAGGGUGGGAACAAGUCCUGCAGUGGCUCACAGCGCAGGCGUCGAAGACGUGGAAGGUCGCCGUAAGCGCCGUUGAGCAGUGGGAUGGCCCGGGCGACGUCGACCUUGGCGGUUGGGGCGUGAUAUGGCUGGGAGACGAGGAGCAGGACCAUCUAGAGAGAGGUUACGCGCGGGCCGCGCUGGCGUCUGCCUACCUCAUCCCCGAGGCUUCAGCGGAAGCGCUCGAAGGAGCGUACCGUAUUGUCGCCAAGAUUGCGGGCCUGCUCGACCAGGACCCCUUGCCCCCAAUGACAACGGCAUUGGCAAUACUGCCACCUCUGGCAGAUCAGAUUACCAGCACCAUCCAGUCGGCCAAGAAUGCGACAUAUAUGCGCAACGAUCUCCUAGGUGCAUCAAACAUACUGACCUCGCCAAAUAAAUACUCUGUAGCUUUCUUACAAGCAAUCAUCCUGAGCGCCGCCCUUCUCGCAAAACUUGGCUCCCCAUGCACGGUGAGGAGGGCUGGCGAGCUCGCCUUGCUCCAGGACGAGCGGGAGCAAAAGGCCGAGGCUACCAAGCUCAUUCACGCGCUUGGGAACAACGGCCCCAAGACAGACGACAAGUUCUGGAUCAAGACUAGGAAUGAAAUAUUAUGGCUUCGGGAUUGGGGGGCCGAUGACGUCUCGUCUUCCCAAGAACCUCUUUCAAGCGGGGUCUUCAGCCAGCUCAAGAAGGAGUUCCUAGAGGUCGAGAUUCUAAAAGUCCUGCUCUCUAAUACGCGUUACACACUGGCGCGGUCUAUAUAUGAAGACCCCCUAGACAAACCCCUGGCACAAGGGCUCCUCCAAGACACCAUUUUCGCCACCGCAAUGAUUGCAUAUGAUAAUGCUUCCAAUCCCAAUCGUGCUCGUGGUGGGCUGAAGAAGUGUGAUGACAUAAUCAAAGCAUUUCCAAAGACUGUAGACAAGUCCAUGGUUGCAGCGCAAAGAUUGGAGGCUCUGCUUCAAGCAACCCACGCGUUAAGCGAGUACCGUCUUGUGCUCAAGCAAGGCGAGCCAUUCACCCCCAUCGUGCUACGGGUCCACACGGAUCCCAUCUCUAUCGUCGGCAAGAUCCUAGAGCAGAACCCAAAGAGCUACACGAGGAUCCAGGAUCUUGUCAAUCUUGGACACCGCAUCGCCCAAGCCGGUCUGACAGCUCACGGCAAAGCCGGUCACAGUACCGGUACGCCGGAGACAGAGGCGGCUGAUUGUUUGACUGCCGAAAGUCGCAUCACCGCCAUGUGCAUAGAUGCCGCACUGACAGAGGACGAUUUUGAGACCGCAUACUCAUACGUCAUCAACCGUCUAGACUCGGCAGCAACAAACGCAGCGGCGAGGCAGCCAGUGAGUAAAGUACCACAGCUGGUCAUCGCAGACGAUUUCUCUUGGAAAGCAGCUCUGCAGGCCGGCAAGUACCGCCGGACGGCCCGUACGCUCCGACCUACACACCUUGGCACAACGAGCGCAAACCGGGAAAUCCGCCACCUGGAGCAGCGCAUUGAGUGCCUGGCCACCGCUCUGCGCAUCGCCCCCGCGCCUACCCUGCAGGAGAUCCUCAACGCCUUCCGCCGCGCCGAGGAGGAACUCGACGCGGCCGUCAAGGCCGAGGCCGAGCAGGAGGACGCCUGGGAUACGGCGGGCGACAGCAUCAACACCCUUGGGCUGCCGGGCGGGUUCAGCUCGUCGCCGUCUUCGUCCAAGCCUAGCCAUGCGUCGACGACGACGAAGCAUGCCCCGUCGUCUCGCCGUAACCAGGUCGAGGAGGCGCCCAUGUCGCUGUUCGAUCUGUCGCGGGCGAGCGUCAUGUCGGCGCAGAAGAACCUCUCGGCCCUGUCGAGUCUGCAGCGCUCUGCUGGGCCCGGUGCGAGGGGUGUUAGCGGUGGUGAGUUGAACGCCAGCGCAAGUAGCGACGGCGAAGACGGGCCGCAGAAGGGGGAGCAGAAGAGAGCCCGCAAGCGAGACCAGCUCAGGGAGGCGGCCAUGGGGACUUUGGUGUCCGGCGUGGGCUGGCUGAUCAAUGCGCCGAGCAAUGAGCGGGAGUGAGGUGUUCUUUUUGAUAGGCCAUUGAUUGGUUGAUGAUCGAAGUCGAUAUUUGUAGCAAGGCUGUAUUUACUUAUAUAUCCCCCAAUACCUUGCUCGUCCCUGAAUAGGUAGAGCGUUGUUCGGUCGUAUUGGAACGAUGAUGAACGGCAGCUAGACACGAGUAAUGGCCAUUAUAAUACAUGCCAGCCUGCCUGUCAUAAUCACCACAAUUCCCCCCCCCAUCCCCUUCGAAUGUUUCUUUCGUAUUUUGAUCUGAUCUCACAUAUAUUUUCUUUCGUCCACUCUAGGAGCGACUUCCACAGUUAGAUCUAUUACCAAGGAAAAUGGCUUAUAUCCAUCACUAUGCACACCUUAAAAUGAACACAAAUUAAGCAUUU